AUUGAAAGCGUUACCAAAUCUCUAUCAUCCCCUUUCUUCCUAACCAAUUCUGGAUGGAGAUUGGCAUAGCGACGACGAUGGCUAUGCAGCUUGUGGAGUUCUCCUUUCAGUCCAUGACGGGAAAGCUAGAGAAGAUGCUAGAGGAAAAAGCCUCGUUGCUGGCCGGAGUCGAAGACGAUGCCCAAGACAUGGUCGACGAACUGAGAAGCAUCACCUCUUACUUGACGGCCAUGUCAACUAGGCGGAAUCUGGAUGUUCAACAACAGAACUGGGUGAACGAAGUCAGGGAGGUGGCCUACAAUGCCGAAGACUCGAUCGAUGAGUUCGACUACCAUCUCCGGUCGACACCUUACGACGAGCGCGGAGUCAAAGGUUUUUUCAAGCACUUCCUUCCCCGUAUAAAAUCAUUGAAAGCUCGCGAUUGCAUAGCUUCGGAUAUCAAGAAGUUGAAGGUUAAAGUAGAAGACAUUAAAAAGAGGCACGAUCGCUAUUCCCUCCCAAAUGAAGCUACAAGAUCUGGCACAGCCACCGGCUUGGACAUGGCCGAAAGAUACUCCGAUCCACGGAUCAUCGGCCAUUUUGUAGAGGAAGCUCAUCUCGUGGGCAUCAACCAGAGUAGGGAUAAGAUCAUCGGGUGGGUGAUGGACGAGAACUGUCUCGAGCUUAUAGUGAUUUCUCUCGUCGGUUUCGGUGGUUUAGGAAAGACAACUUUAGCUAAGACGAUCUAUGACGAUCCUAUCAGAGGCCACUUUCAAUCUCGAGCUUGGAUUGCAGUGUCACAAAAUUACAGCAUCAAAGAGCUUCUCAAAAAGAUUAUUCAACAAAUUUCAGUCAAGAAGAAAGAAAUCCAAGAUGUUCUAGGGUGUCGAGAUGCCAAAUUGAACACAGAGAAACUUCUGAGCCAGAUGGACGAAUCGCAGCUGGUGCAGACAGUCAGAGGCCAUCUCCAUGGAAAGAGGUAUUUGAUCGUUUUUGAUGACGUUUGGAGCACUGAAGCAUGGGAAAGCUUGAGCAUUGCACUACCACAAGGUAAAGAAGGAAGUAGGGUGAUAGUGACCAGCCGCAGUGAGGAAGUGGCAAACUAUAGUUGUUCUCGUAAUCGUCAAUUCAUAUUUAAAGUCUCUCCUUUAUCACCUGAGUUAUCGUGGGAGUUAUUCCGUAGAAAAGUAUUUGAAGCGCCUGACUAUAGUUGUCCUCCAGAGCUAGAAAAUGUUGGUAGGGAAAUCUUACAAAAGUGCAAUGGACUGCCACUUGCUAUUGUGACAAUCGGAGGUCUUCUGGCUUCGAAGCCUGAUAAAAAACUUGAGGAAUGGAAAGACUUGCGCGACCACCUUCGUUUGGAGAUACAGACUAAUGACAUGCUGUCAAAGAUCAAUCAGAUACUAGGUUUGAGUUACAAUGACUUGCCUUACUAUCUCAAGCCUUGCUUCUUGUUCUUAGGCACCUUCCCUGAGGAUUAUGAGAUUCGUCGGAAGCGUCUGAUGAGACGGUGGAUUGCCAAAGGGAUUGUGAAUGGCGUAGGUGGCUUACCCGAUGAGAAAAUGGCCGAGCGCUGCUUCAACCAAUUGGUGAAUCGUAGCUUGGUGCAGCCAUCAGAAUUUGAUGAUAAUGGGACAGUGAGAUCCUGCCGCGUCCAUGACAUGAUGCUCGAUGUCAUAAUCUCGAUUUCAAGAAAGGAGAACUUUGCGGUGGUACUGAAUAAGCACUCCACGCAGACGACCAUUCAGCCUCGACAUCAGAGGAUAAGACGCUUAUCCUGGCAGGGAGGAAGCAGUGGACUAGUUCCUAACACUGAUCUGUCCCACCUCCGAUCCUUUGCUGCAUUUGGUGAGGAUGUGCCAGUGAACGAUUAUAGAAAGCAGAGGCUGUCGAGGGCAAUUGACCUGGAAGGAUGUAGGAACUUGGAUGAUUUCCACCCCAAGAGCUUUUCCAAGUUGUGUCUUUUGAAGUACUUGUCUCUGACAAAUACUGGAUUAUCUGAAUUGCCAGAUUCAAUUGGAGAUUUGCAAAAUCUAGAGUUUUUGGAUAUAAGAGAAACUUAUAUUAAUAAACUACCCAAUGCCAUCGUCAAACUCCAAAAACUGGUCCAUCUGCUUGCUGGCGGUUAUAUUAAAUGGCCUUGUAUGGAGGACUCAUUCUUUCUAAACGUGUAUCUACCGAAAGGAAUAAGAAAGUUGAAAAAACUUCGCACGUUUGGACUGGUUCGUGCUCAUGAUGUGCACUCGCUACAGGAGAUUGGCGAGCUUGUCGACCUCCAGAAACUUGGCAUGUCUUUUGGGUUUCGUGAUCUUAAACGCAAAGCGCUGGAGGAGAUUAGCGCCCUGCUUUCGAAGCUCAAUGGCAGCCUUCGAUCACUAACACUUGCAAACAGCAAUCUGAAAAAGGCACUCGAUGAGGUAGUUUCGCCGCCGUUGCUGCUCCACAAGCUCCAGAUACAUGCCGCGCGUGGCGGAUUCCCUGCUUGGUUUGCAUCUCUGAAGCAGGUUGUCAAGAUAACUCUCUCCAACACACGGCUGCAGCUCCAGGAUCUGCAAGUCUUGAGAAAUCUCAACACUCUGGUCAAGCUGGUGCUAGGAUUUCACUCAUUCGACGAUAAUUAUGAGGAUUUUGUCUUCGAUCAGGUAGGGUUCGCAAACCUCAAGUUCCUGGAAAUUGAGAUGCACAGUGUGAGUUUCGAAGAAGGUGCACUCCAAAGCCUCGAAAUUCUUAAAAUGGAUAAAAUUUUCAUUGGAUAUAGCGUCGAUGGCAUAGAACAUCUGCAUGGGCUAAAGGAGGUUCACAUUCAGACUGAGAAUGAUGAUACAAUUGAGAUGGUCAAAAAUAUUGCAGCAAACCAUUCAAAUCGUCCCAAAUGUUUUGCAAAACUACUCAAGUCUGCUUAAGGCAUAUGAUUUGACUCAGAGAAAGCAGAGCUUUCUGUCAAUGCAAAGAUGAAAUUAUUAAAACAUCUGGUGCGGUGUGUUCUAGUUCUCCUCUCCAACUUAUCCCGUGCUUAUCUCUACUAUUUUGCUUUGAUCAUGUGCCUUGAUUCUCGGAUUUGACUCGUCGGUGAACAAGAACGAAGUUGACCACCAUCAUUGGCACCACCCUGAGGUAGUGAUCGAGGAGAGAUCUGGAACACCUGAGGAUGCACACAGACUAAACAAAAGAGGGUUAGAAUGAUACACCGGGAAUGUCCCAAUGUUUACUACUCCGACAAUCAAAUCAGAAGCAGUUUGGGGAAGAAGAAUGAUAGAAAAAGCUUGCAGAACUUAGAUUCAGAUGAUGUUACCCACUUUUCUUUUGCCUUUUAUCUUGCUGUCGAUCAUCUUUUAUCCUCUCUGGUUUUAAUGCCGAUAGUAACUGCAGAUAGAACGUUUUGUUUUGACUUCCCUCAUGUUUAAUAACGUUGCAUUAACUGUGGGGAGAAGUAUUCUAUUUUACUAUUCCCCAGACUUUUCAUCUUAAUACAUUCAUGAUGUAUUAACUAA